AUUUAGUCAAAGUGUGAGACAAGGUCAAGGCUAAAGGUGCCGAAACGGAAGGUCACAGAAGGAAAGCCGGUGUUUAAACUGUUAAAGCAACAAUUAUGUCACAACAAAGAAAAUUUUUCGUUGGAGGAAACUGGAAGAUGAACGGGAGUAAACAAAGUAUUGAAGGCAUCGCUGGGUUUCUGAAAACUGGACCCUUGGAUCCAAAAACAGAGGUAGUGGUUGCCCCACCUACAUGUUACUUGGAGUACACAAGAAAAACUGUUGACGCUAAAGUUGGAGUGGCAGCCCAAAACUGUUAUAAAGUGGCAAGUGGUGCUUUCACAGGGGAUAUCAGUGCCAAUAUGAUUAAAGAUCUUGACUGUGAAUGGGUUAUUCUGGGACAUUCAGAGAGAAGAAAUGUUUUUGGAGAAUCCGAUCAGCUAAUUGGUGAGAAAACUAAGUAUGCUCUUAGCCAGGGUGUGAAGGUGAUUGCUUGUAUUGGAGAAAAGCUGGAGGAGAGAGAGGGUGGGAAAACAGAGGAAGUAGUGUUCAGACAAACUCAAGCCAUUAUAGAAAAUAUAUCUGCAGACCAGUGGGUGAGUGUGGUGAUAGCUUAUGAACCAGUGUGGGCCAUUGGAACAGGAAAAACGGCGACUCCUGAACAAGCACAGGAAGUUCACGAGAAACUUCGAACCUGGCUAGCAGACAAAGUGUCAUCAGAAGUGGCAGCGGCAGUCAGAAUUAUCUAUGGAGGAUCUGUUAAUGCAUCUAACUGCAAAGAACUAGCUACAAAGGGGGAUAUUGAUGGCUUUCUAGUAGGUGGGGCCUCCCUGAAACCAGAUUUUGUACAGAUCAUCAAUGCCAGACAAAACUGAGAAUGGUGCCAUAUAAAUCCCGUAGACCGAGUUAACAGUGUUGUGUAAAGUUACAGAUCAGAACAGCAGAUUUAGUCUGCAUUACAUGUUGAAACUUGAUGAAAUACUAGUGGUAUUUUACACUGACAUUUGCUGAUUUCAGCAGGUUAGUGCCACCGUUUUCUUAACUCUUGAAAAAGAGCUAGUUUAUUAUUUCAGCGUUUAUGUUUUUCUGCUUAUAUUCCUUGUUUAAGUUGAUACUUGUAUGCUUUUUAAAAGAAUAAAAAUGUGUUAUCAAUA